AUGCCUCCUUCAAGAAUCGACGUCCACGCCCACUUCCUCCCAUCCUUCUACCAAGACGCCUGCCGAGAACACGGCCACGCGAAUCCAGAUGGCAUGCCCUAUCUCCCCGGCUGGAGCCCAGAAGAACACCUCGAACUGAUGGACAAGCUGGGCAUCUCCAAAUCAAUCCUCUCAAUCUCGAGUCCGGGAACCCAUCUCGUGCCAGGAAAAGAUGAAUUAGCACGAAAUCUCUCCCGCGAUGUCAACAAGUAUGCUUCGGAUUUGAAGAAACGUCUCCCAGACCGGUUUGGCUAUUUUGCUUCUCUGCCCAUGCCGGAUGUCGAGAGCUGUUUGGCGGAGAUCCCGCGCGCGAUUGAAGAGGGAUGUGAUGGAUUUGUUUUCGAGACGAACACGCAUGGCCACUACCUCGGCGAUAAGGAAUUCGACCCAGUGUUCGACGAACUGAACAGACGGCACGCCCUGAUAUUCAUCCACCCCAGCACGCCGAUGUGCCCCUGCUCGCCAGAGGCUUUGGCUGCCGGUCAGCAACCAGUCAAAGCGGCGCCGUUUGCUGGGAGGCUGCCGCAGCCGAUGUUGGAGUUCCUCUUCGAUACUGCGAGAGUUGUGAGCAAUCUCUUCAUGUCAGGCACGAUCAAACGGUGUCCGAAUAUCAAGAUCAUUCUUCCUCAUCUUGGUGGUGCGUUCCCGCCUUUGCUGUCGCGGUGGACCGGGUUCAGUUCGCUUGUGCCUGGACCUUGGAUAGGCGUACCUGAGAGCGAAGUUCUCGAAGCCUUCAAGCGACAGAUCUGGUUCGACAUGGCAGGCUUCGCUUUCCCCAGCCAAAUUAGAGGCAUUCUGUACGGUACGGGUGUACCUCAUUCGCGGUUGAUGUACGGCUCGGACUUCCCUUUCACAAGAGCAAAUGGGGUUGAACUUCUCAUGGGGCAGAUGGAUUCUGGGGUGAAGGAGCUGUUCAACGAGGAAGAGAUUGAGGACCUCUAUCACAGGAACGCCGAGAAGCUAUUGGGCGAGAAGUAG